CCAUACAAAAUCAAGAACCGUAUCCUUGCUCCACUCUCAUCCACUCACUCACUCACUAAUGUCUCUCUUCAUAGCCUCCGGCCACGGUGGCUGCAAUGGCGGAGCAAGAAUUCCCUCCACCAACCCAACAAAACAUCACAUGUACACCCACCACCCACAGAUAUUUUCCCCACGAACACCAAGAAGAGCUAUCCAUACAAUAGUGUCAGCUAAGAAAUUCUCAUCCUCUUCAAAAAGUGGCCGGUUUGACAGCAAGAACAAAAAGAGCAGCACCACCACCAAAGACCAGGAUGAAUACUAUAAAAUGGAAGAUGUUAAUGGUGAUUUGAUUAGUGACACUGGAAUUAGCAGUAGCAGUGUUGUUGUGGAAAAUGAAUAUUAUGAAAUCUUGUCUAGGCUUCCAAAAGAUGAGACUGAGUUUUGGGAGGGACCUAAGUGGGAUGCUUUUGGUUUCUUUCUUCAGUAUCUGUGGGCUUUUGGUAUUGGUUUUGCGUUAAUUGCUUGUGGAAUAGCAGUGUCAACAUACAACCAAGGAGCAACAGAUUUCAAAGAGACUCCUGCUUACAAAGAAUCAUCUCAAACUCGAGAGAUGUUAGAAGAACCCGAUGCUUCUAAUUCUGACGUUUUUGAAUCAAAUCCCACCGAGGUUGCUCCUAGUUUGGAUUAGUUUCCCUUUCAUAAUCGGCAUGUGAAAAGUUUUUCUUUUUGCCAUAUUUAUAGUGAAAAUCAAAGUGUUUAAGGUAAUACUUCUUUGCUGUAACCUUCUCAAGCAUACAGAAAAAUAUUUCAGUAUGAAAACUGUUACUAGCGA